GGUCAUAUCAUAGCCCCUGGAAGCACUAAGUGGAAUGGCAAAUUUAGGGCAGUGCCACACUGAGUGCGCGACUUGCUAACGCAGCAGAAAAGGUCAAUGAACCCAACCCUUAAGUACACUGUGAACUGACAGGACCCAGUUUAGUUUGUCAGCUUCUUGGAAUUGUGUCAACCACCUUGGAAGAAAACAUGGCGCACUUGGGUUUUCUCCUGGCCCUCUCGGCUGUUGUUUUUGUCGUUGACGGUCAGAGAUUCGGGGAGAUCUCCGGUGGAAAAUGUCCGGACCUCUCGGUGAAGGCAAACUUGAGCGUGGAGAGUUACAUGGGACGGUGGUACGAGAUCGCCCGCUUCCCGGUCGCGUUCGAGCGACGACUGAAGUGUGCUGAAGCCGAGUACUACAUGCACAGUCAUGGCAGACACGGCGGUAUCAAGGUUUUUACCAAAGGUAUAGACGGACAUGGCCACGUCACGAAGGCUGUAGGUCGAGCCUAUGUACCGGAUCCUAAGGUGCCUGCGAAGCUGUCGAUCGGAUUCUCCCGUUUCCUCCCGAAAGGCCCGUACUGGGUCCUGGAUACAGACUACAGCAGCUAUGCGGUGGUCUGGUCAUGUAUCAACAUCGUCUGGGGUCUGUUUAAAGUGGAGAUGGCCUGGAUUCUGGGGAGAGAGCGGGCACUGGAUGAAGACAUUAUGAAGGAUAUCGUGUACGAGUUGACAGAGAUGGGGAUCGACGCUGCCUUGUUCCGUAUGACGGACCAGACUGACUGUCCAGGGCUCCCCACCACAACCGCAGUGCCUCCCUCUAACAUCACAUUCACCCCAAUUCCGUCUAACACUACAACCAAUGUUACAACACCGGUGCCACCUUCCACCAACGUAACCACACCAGUUCCAUCUAACACAACAACUAACGUUACAACACCACCUCCAACUAACGUUACAACACCACCUCCAACUAACGUUACAACCCAAAUUCCGUCCAACAGUACAACUAACGCUACAACAGCAUCUCCUGCCAACAUAACCACUUCUAUUCCGUCUAACGGUACAACAAUUGUUACAACACCUCCGCCUCCAACCAACACAACCACGCCAAUACCAUCUAACACAACGACCAAUGUUACAGAGACACCCUCAACCAAUGUUACCACUCAAUACCCAUCCAAUAUCACUACUAACAUUACCGAAAUGCCACCAGACUUCAACACUACUACGCCUCUGAACGCCGCCACCACCAUCGCCUCUCGGAAAGGCACACCCACCGCCCGGACCAACUUGCCGUGUCGUCGUAAGAAGAACAAGAAAAGGAAGAACUGUUCUCCUUCGUAUCGGAAGAUUAAGAAUAUGUCUCGCAAGCUUAAGAACAAGAGUCCGUAUAAUGAGUGAGUGAAAGAAGAAAAAAUACUUCGAAAAUGCUACGUCAUAAUGUCAAGCUGGCUAAUGGAAAUGUCAAAACAUGAUGAAACGCAUGUGUACAACAAACAUAACACAACACAAUAUACUCUUAAGCGCACAAUUAGAUCUUUAAUCUUAUGUAUUCAUAGUAGUAAAAUUAGAUGGUAAAUUUGAUGACUGUGAUGAUGAUUGUGAUGAUAAUGGUGAAAAUAAGAAGUGACCGUAGAUGAAUUUUGACUCCUUCAACUUCAUAUUACAUCCACUAUGCCAAUAUAGCCAGCUAUAAAACUCGUAGGUAAGUUUGAUAACAAAUUAUACACAUAAAUUGGUUUAUCAUACAUAUAUUGUAUCAUCAUUUGUAUAAACAUUGACAGUUCCAUAUACAAUACAAUCGUCAAAGGUUGUCAUCUGCUAUAUGACAGUAAACUUUUGUUGACACAAAACUCAAUGUACCCAUAAUGACGUUGCAAUGUAUCGGUAAAUUUGUGGUCAAUUAAAUCAUGGUAUUAUGACGUAAUUGUUGUGAGUUAUCACUAUUAUAGUCUAUUUUAUCAAAACCCAUGGUCGCAUCUAAUCCUUGCAAUACAGCUGUAGUUGGGACACUUCUGUUGAUGUUUUCAGUAAAUAUGUCCUAUCAAGGAGGUUGUAUCACCUCCUUGGUCCUAUGGAACUUUGAUAGGUCAUA